AUGGCUUCCAUGUCCGAAAACGAGACUUCCUUGUUCCCUGGCCAAGACACCUUCCUGCCAGGAUUUGGGUUGCCCAUCGACACGUGGCCGCCAUGGAGCCGGAAGAAAAACAAGGAGCGUUUCCCCCACGCCAUCUCCGAAUUUGGUACUGCCAAAGCCAUUACGCUGCGUGAGCGACGCAUGCUUGACUUCAUCAACAAAAUCUCAGACAAGCCGGAAUGGGACCGCAAAGUCUUCGACGAGGCAAUUGUAUCCGAGUGGAGGGUAGAAGCAAUGCGCUUUGAUGACAAAAUUGAAGAUGUUUAUCUUUCUGAACAGAUGUUCGAUUAUUGCAUACUCGAGCUCCGUGAGAAGGCGAUGGUGCACCGAGAGAAAGGAUUGGUCGCCGUUCUCGACACGGAGGCCACGGUGGUGAAAUCUGAUGUCGCGGUUCCCGAAACUCUCCGGCAAGCCCUCCUUGAACACGUCAAACCAUUGGAAGACGUGCCAGAGCACCUCAAAGACUGGCACCCCGGUUCUAACGAGAUGGUGCUGGACUUGGUCCACCCUUCUCUGUUCCCUAUUGUGUUCGGCCGCACUCGGGCACUUCCAAGUGGGCGCGUUCCUCUGGACGACUGCGUCAAGUACACCGGAAAGGGGGAGGUGAUCCCAGAGCACGACGCCGACGACUACGACAUAGACGACUGGAUCGAAGACUCCAUAGGCCUGCCAGCAUGGGGCAAUUACCAAUGGCUGCCAGCACAGAUCGACUUCAUGGCAGACGGCCAGCCCAAAAUCGCGAGCUACAUCAACAACCUCCACCCACGCGACCACGCCGGCCUCUACCACGUCCUCGAGCAGCUCGUCGACAAGGCCAUCCCCCUCUGGAACGAAUGCCUCUCCUGGUUCCACGACCGCACCCGCAUCAACCCCACCACGCUCGACAACAGCAACUGGGACGCUCCCCCUUUCCCCGCCCGCGCCACCCACCCGGACAGCCAACUCGACGACAGCAACGCCCCCCGGACCCCCGAACAAGACAGAGCCUGGGCCUCGUCCCACGACCUCGCCUCCGCCUACGACGAGUGGUGGCGCGCCAACCGCACCCUCAAGCCCCUCGAGCCCCGCGCCUUCCGCCCCUCCACCACCCAGCACCGCCGCCGCAGCGGCGCCUCCCCCAUCAACCUGCGCACCGACUUCGCCCGCAGCGGCCUGCAAGUCAUCUUCAAGCUCGCCACCAUCCACCUCACCCCCGCCAAACCCAGCUACCCCGGCGGCCAAUGGCACAUCGAAGGCAGCCUCGCCGAGCGCAUAUGCGCCACCGCGCUGUACUACCCCUCCUCCCCCAACACCACGCCCGCCACGCUCUCCUUCCGCACCACCCUCGACGUCGAGCGCGCCGUCAUGACGCCCCCGCAGGGCGAGUGGGAGAGCAUGGCGGCGUACUGCGGCAUCGCGAAUGAGACCACCGCCGCCGUGCAGCGGCUGGGCGGCGUCACGACGCCGGAGGGGCGGAUGGUGGCGUUUCCGAAUACGCUGCAGCAUCGCGUUGGGCCGGUGCGGCUGGUGGAUGGGGGGAGGGAGGGGAGCAGGAUGGUGGUGGCGAUGUUUUUGGUUGAUCCGAGGCAGCGCGUGUUGUCGUCGGCGGAGGUGCCGCCGCAGAGGAGGGAUUGGUGGGAGAGGGAGGGGGGGAGGGAGGAGGGGGGGUUGGCGGAGGAGGAGGAGGAGGCUGAGGGGACGUGGGGGUGGGAUGAGGCGGUGAGGGUGAGGGAGGAGUUGAUGGCGGAGAGGGGCAGGAUGGGGGAGGACUUGGAUGAGAUUGUGCAUGAGAGGGUGUUUAGCUUCUGCGAACAUUAA